AUCUCUAAAAUACUCCGAUCAAAUUCAGGGCUUUAAGAAUGACGGCAAUGGCGUCGCCCGAUUCUGCGGCGAACGGCGACGUAUCGGCGGAGAUGUCGAAUCUCUUCCCCCUCGCCUCCGCCGCGCAGCAGCCUUACGUCUCCGAGCUCCUCUCCUUCACUCUCGAUCGUCUCCAUAAGGAACCGGAAUUGCUCAGAGUAGAUGCGGAGAGGAUACGGCGGCAGAUGCAGGAGGUGGCGGUGGGGAACUAUCGCGCAUUCAUAGCGGCGGCGGAUGCGUUGCUCGAGAUCCGCGAGGAGGUUUCUUCGAUUGACAAGCAUCUCGAGUCUCUGAUAGCUGAAAUUCCAAAACUAACAUCUGGCUGCACUGAGUUUGUUGAUUCGGCUGAAAAUAUAUUGGAAAAAAGGAAGAUGAACCAAACAUUACUAGCAAACCAGAGCACUUUGCUUGACUUACUCGAAAUACCUCAACUCAUGGAUACAUGCGUGAGGAAUGGAAAUUUUGACGAAGCUCUUGACUUAGAAAGUUUUGUCUCAAAGCUUACUACAAUGCACCCAAAAAUUCCUGUGAUUCAGGCUCUAGCCACAGAAGUUCGGCAGACCACACAGUCCCUUCUUUCACAGCUUCUUCAGAAACUUAGGUCUAAUAUUCAGUUGCCAGAAUGCUUGCGCAUAAUUGGAUAUUUACGUCGAAUAGGAGUUUUCAGUGAAUAUGAAAUGCGCCUACAGUUUUUAAGAUGCCGUGAAGCCUGGCUUACUGGAAUACUUGAUGAUUUAGACCAGAGAAAUCCUUAUGAAUAUUUGAAGGGGAUGGUUAAUUGUCACAGAAUGCACCUUUUUGAUGUUGUCAAUCAAUAUCGAGCCAUCUUUGCUGAUCACACAUCAGAGAGUGAAGAAAAUUAUGAUGGUGGGCUUCUCUUUGAUUGGGCCAUGCAUCAGAUUACCACGCAUCUGAAGACUCUUAAAGUUAUGCUUCCAAAGAUUGGUGAAGGUGGAUCCUUGUCAAAUAUACUGGAUCAGUGCAUGUAUUGUGCCAUGGGCCUUGGAUGGGUUGGUUUAGAUUUUCGAGGGCUGCUUCCCCCGCUAUUUGAAGAAGCUGUUCUUAAUUUAUUUUCAAAGAAUAUGAGUAGUGCUGUUGAGAAUUUUCAGUUGGUGUUGGAUUCUCAUCGUUGGGUCCCGUUGCCAGCAGUUGGCUUUCCUGCCAAUAGUCUUGCUGAUGGAAGUCACGAUGAUAUUACUCCUCCGUCAAGUCUUAUGGAACAUCCACCUCUUGCUGUUUUCAUCAACGGCGUAUCUGCAGCAAUGAACGAACUGCGCCCUUGCGCUCCAAUAAGUUUGAAACACGUGCUCGCUCAACAACUAGUCAAGGAUCUGCAGGCCGUUUCCGAUACCCUACUUAGACACCGCACAACCAAAAUGCUCAAAGACAACGAAUCCCAACUUUUCCUCAAACUUUGCCAAGCAUUCAUCGAGGUCGCUUUCCCACAUUGCGCGGCAUGCUUUGGCCGCUGCUACCCCGGUGGAGCUGCUCUGAUCACAGACGCCAAAAACUUGUUCGACGGCAUCAGCCGCCUGUUGGCAACCUCACCCUCCAGAGAAUUACCAAAACUAGUCAAGAACCAGAACGCAGAGGACAAGAACGCAUCAGAAAACGGCAAUGGCCCCAUGGUUGAAAACGGGGUCCGCCACAGUAUCGAGCGGACGGGAAGCUCCAGCCAUGACGAGAAGGAACCGACUCGUGUCGGCUCAGAUAAGGAAGUCAAGGCAGCGGCAGAUACCACAAGUGAAGAAACUCAACAACCAUCCGUAUUAUCAUGAAAAAUAUAGUUACUCAUUUCAUUGUAAUUAUAAACAUUUCAACGAUUUUUCUUUUAUUAUAGAGUGAGUAAUUGGAGUUAAAAAAAUAAAUUCUUAAUGUUGAGCCUGUUUGUAUUAGGUUGAGGUUAAUUCUUUUUGUAGUACGUUGUUACACAAUUAAAUCGAGAGGUGGUGUAAUAAUUUUGAUCC